AUGGUCAAAGUUCUCGUAGUUGGUGCAUCAGGCAGAAUCGGAAGCGCAGUCGUCAAAGCAUGCAUCGAGCGUAGACAUACGGUGACGGCGUAUGUACGCACUCCUGGGAAGCUCGAGCAGUCCUUGCGUGAGAAGGCACGGGUGGUACAAGGCGAUGCGAAGGAUAAGGAGGCGCUCGUGAAGGCUAUGGAGGGCCAAGACGCUGUUGUACAAGCAGCUGUGUACGGUUCAAAUACGCCCUGGGGCACCUCUGAUUCCGAAGUGGUCGUUCGCACUGUAGUCGAAGCUGCCAAGGAGCGUGCUUCUUCAGGUCACCGUCUACGCCUUUGGGUACUCUCAGGACAAGUGCUUAUGGACCUUCCGCAUUAUCCGGGCUGGAUUGAAGGCGAUGCUGUACCUAUCCAUCCGGAACACUACUCAAACUUCAAGUAUAUGCGUGAGCAGGCGCAAGAACUGGAUUGGAGUCUAUUGUGUCCAGGCAAGGUAGACGAUGCAAAGCCUGCGGGGCCGAUCAUCCACGCCGUUGACGUCGUGCCGGCAUGGACUGCACCGGGUCUGGCCGGAAAACUACCUUUCAUCGGACCGUUCUUCAAUGUCAUCUACAACUGGACGACACAGAAACUGUCAUACGCCUCCGUCGGUGCCUUCCUGGCCGACCAUCUCGGGCCAGGCGGAGAGAUGUCCCAGAAGCGCGUCUGCAUUCUCGAAGACUGGAAGAAGGACCAGUAG